AUGGCUGCGGAAUCCGAGAGGCCGCCUUACUCCAAAGGUGACCCCGGUCGAACCAGAGGGCCCAGAGAUGCGGAGACUGCUUCGGAUCCCGCGUGUCGGUCGGCCAGGGAAGACAUGACAGAGCUACCACAGUCCAUGAAAGCCCAUGGUCAGGUUAUGUCGCAGAUGCCUAAGUUCACCACCUCCAAUAUCCCUACUUCUUUUUCGACCUCUACAACCAACUCCGCCGUCUCGUCUCGCGAAUCCUCCCCUGUCCGAAUCUCCUCACGCAAGCUCAAUUCGUCAACCACUUCUCGAGUGCACUCUCAAUCUCGACGAAGCAGCCAAGAUCGAAAUAGUCCAACCCGAUCGUCCUCUAACAGCAACUCCUCGGGCAUACCUAUACAAUCUUUCACCUCGCCCAGCCCACGUCCGUCGGCGCAACUUAACAACCCGCCGAUCUUUUCACCUCCUCCUGCCCCCGAUCCUCCGGCCAAUGUCCUCAGUCCUGAAAAGCCUAACAUGCCAUCAUGGGCGGGAAAUCGUCGUGCAGAGCAUGAAUCGACUCCUCCAAAUACCUCUCACAAGAGGACCGCUCUGCCGCCUCCCGAGGAACAUGGAAUGGUGGAGCGGAGCACACCUCGUGUGGCUCCCAGGGGGGUCAGUGGACAAGGUCCCUCCCUGGAGACAGUUGAGGAGAUGGCUAGUAAUCCUUCGACACCCUCGAGUGAUACAAUUAUCAAACCCGUGACUCCAGAAGAUUCCCGGUUACACACGAUCGAUGAAGACCCAACGCCUCGGGCGUCAAAACAAAGUGUUGAGAGUGGGAGUGAGAGUGGUGGUACUCGGAGCUCAGAGCAGGCAGAAGACGGGCGCUCUCAAGCUACUGGAGGGGCCAAGACCCCGAAGACCCUCAUGCCGCAGCGGUCAACUACCUCACUAAGCGCUGGUGCUCGCGGGAAGCCUGCUGAUGGCUCGGUGCGUAAUAUGAUUGUGGAGACCGAGACAGUCAGUUCAAUCCCACAGGUGUCAUUGGGAGUUGGGGCUGGCGAACGUGGAAAUGCCGGUCGCGCUGAACAGGGCACUCUGAAGAACAAGAAAUCGACCGAUACAGUCAGGGCGCCAGUGGCUCGCAGUAAUCCUCAGAAGAGAAAGCGAAGAACCAAUCCUAUUCAACCAGGUCCUACAUCAAGCAAGGCAGAUAUAUUUGAAGCCAAAGUUGCUAGUGCCGUGGACGAGGCGGACGUUUCCGAUUCUGACGAAACAUUCGUCUAUGAGUCGAACCCGAUAGAUUAUCCUCCUCGACGAUACCAUUCUCGGACGCCAAGCGCAACCUCAAUGGCCAGCCAGGUAGAUCAACUGGCUGGCCGAAGCCGUCUGCGAGAGGGUGUACACAGCGUGACUGGGAAGCGCAGCAUGAAAUUCACCAAUAAUACGUAUAACAGCAGCUUGGAUGGUGAGGCGAUCGAGGCGGAUGGCCGAGGCGCCUCCAGGGUGGAUGGUAGCGGAACAAUCACUCCACGGCACCAUAUUGCGCACCGUAAUCGCAAUGGCGAUCACAGGUCUAUCUUCGAUAGCGAUGGACCGUUUACUCAACCUCAAAGCCAGAAAUCUCCCCGGCAUUUUAUUGGUGGACAGCGUCAUUCACGAAACACCAACACUCGGUCGUCACCGAACUACAAGACCAUCAAUGGGUCCAAGAAAGCAGGCGAAAUUUACGGAUAUGACUUUGAUGCAGAAGGAGCUGACGAUGAACGAACACCUUUGGUCCGUCCACCACGCAGUAGUCGAAGUGAACGCAGUGGCCGACGACCCGGUGGUAGCUCGCGGCAAGUUGAGUAUAUCACUCAACGAGAACGUGGAUACUUCUCGCAGCUUGGAUCAUGUGUCGUGAUUAUCUUGCUAUUACUCAUCAUUGCUGGUGGUGCAACCUCGUUCUUCUUCGCUGCUACCAAGUCACUUCUGGACGUGCAGGUUGUGGCCAUCCAAAAUGUUCUUGCGUCGGAACAAGAGAUAAUGCUGGAUCUGAAUGUGUCCGCGGUCAACCCGAAUAUCUUCCCUGUGACGAUCGAUGUCGCUGAACUCAACAUUUUUGCCAGAAGUAAACAUGUUGGUACAGACAAAUUAUGGCGCGAACAUGACUCAGAUGAGCUCGAUCAUUUCCCUCGAGUCAAAGAAAGCCGACGCCGCUGGCAGUUGUCCCAGAUUGUUCAAUGUCUUGGGGACAUGGAUUGCGUACAAGCGGCCGCGUCUGGUAAUACUUGGUUCAAGUCAAAGAAGGAUAAGGAGCACAGUAAAGAUGGUGUCGACAGGGGCACUGAUCCUAUCAAAGACCCAGAUCAUGAUUAUCAGACCAUGUUGCUCGGUCGAGUCAUGGUCUUUGAUUCCCCACUCUCUUUCCCGGCAUCUCCUUGGAGUUACCAGGAGUCUACUUCCAAGGGACAGCUUCGUCUACCUCGGCCAGGCAACAAAACAGAAGAAGGCGGCACCGAGCGUUGGGAGCGAGUUCUUCAGCACCCGUUCGAGCUGAUCGUCCGGGGUGUCAUCAAGUACCAAAUUCCGCUCAGCUCUCGCUACCUCUCCGCCCCUAUCAGUUCAAGCGUUCAGUAUGACCCCGAGGACGAAAGCCACGAUCCAAAUACACCCCCAAGCAAUGAAACUGCUCAAAUCAACACAAAAAUACCCCCUAAUCCUCUUCCCCUCGCGAACCUUGAUCCACAACUCGAACGUCGGGUUGUGGUAUCUAAACGACAGUUUACGGCAUAA